AUGGACACUAUUAAAUAAAAAUGGAAAAACUAUACCUUAUAAAAAAGACUGAAAGAUCUAUGGGAGGAUUAUAAGAAAGUUUCAAAUUUAUCUGAUGAUCCAUAAACACUCAAAAAGUAAUUUAUUAUUUGUUAAAAGAUUCUAACAAUUUCUUGAGCAAGCUAACAUAACAAUAAAGAAUUUUUUUAAAAGUAAUGAUCAACAUUUAGAACUGAUCUUAGGUGAUGCUAAUUAAGUGUUGGUUGUAAUACUAGAUUAUUUGAAUAAAUUUCCAGAAAUCUAAAAAAGGUUAUAUUUUUUAACCUAAUCUUUAGAAACGCAGACUAAGGGCAAUUGGUCCAAGAUAUAAUGGAAUAAUGUAUUUAAUUAGCAGAAUAAAUUUUAAGAGAACCAAAGUAUAGAAAAAGUGUGGAAAACUCACAUAAUGUCUUAUCUGAUUUCUUAAAUUUAAUUGAGAAAGCAUAGAAGACAGAAUCAAAAGUUCUUAUCAUUAAAUUGAUUGUAUAUGUUUUUUUCUAAUAAAGGUUUUAUUUUCAGAGAAUCUCAAUUAAAGAAUUGAAUUUUUUGAAUAAUAAGGAUUCCACAAGUUACUCUCAAUAUUAAUGAAUAAGGAUCCAUAACUUAAUCGUGUUAUAUCUAAAGCCCUAUUACAUUUUUUACUUAUAGAAGACAUAAAUCAAGUUGUAAUUUGCAAUGUAGAAGACAGUCAAGAAUAAACAAUUAAAUAAAAGUUUAGUAAAAUAGCAGGUUCAUUACGAUCAUUUGCAUUUCAAGGUUAUUAUCAAAAUUCUAUAUUAUUGUAGAACUCUCAAAAGUGUUUCUGCCACCUUAAAUUAAUAAAUAAUUAUGCAUAAAGUAAUUUUGUGUGGAAAAGAAGGAAAUCUUAACUUUAUCAUAAGCUAUUGAAUAAUAAAUUAGUUUAUAAUCUAUAUUUGAAGUUGAUCUAAGUUUUUAUAUGAACUCUUAAUCAAUUACUAGAUCUACUUCAGAUUAGGAUUAAAACAAGAAUGAAAUUUAUGAAAAAAUUAUUAGCAUAAAUAAUACUCCUCCAGAUAAACUUGUUUUAUCAUAACCAUAAUCAGAAAGAUCUUAAUCUGAAGAUAUACUUAAGGAAUUUUAAGUACUUUAAGGAGGGUUUAAAGCCAUCUUAGAAACACUUGAAAAAGCUACUUCUGAAGUUUAAGUUGAUUUGUUAUAAACGAUUUAAUAAAUCCUUUAAAAUAAUGCAAGAAAUAAAAUUGAAUUUAAAAGAGUUAAUGGUUAUUAAUUACUUAGUGAUUUUAUUAGUAAUAAGGAUUAAUAAGAUGAAGAAUUUUAACAACAAUUUUAUAAUUUCUUAAAAUAAAUAUCAACAACUGAAAAUGAAAUAGAUGAUUUAGAUGCAUUUACUUUAAUGCUUGAAUUAUUACCUAUUUAAUAGGAUACAAUCCUUAAUAUUAUUGUUGAAGUCUUAAAUUAAAAUUGGAAAAAUGUGAUUAUUGCAAAAAGAUUAAAAUUGUAUUAUUAUUUGGCAAUAAUUUAAAUGAGACAAUAUUUAUCAUCAGAAUAAAUUUCUGAAAAAUUCUGUAACAUUGAUAAUGAGUAUAUGUUUACAAAUUUUAAAAAUAUUUUAGUCAAAGUCAAAUUUUAACAGACUGAUGAAAUAUGCUUAUAAUUAUUUUAACUUUAUGAAUAAUUAAAUUAAUUAGAAGGAUUUUAUAGCCUUGAAUUUGAAGCUAUCUAAAGUUAAUUAGCCAUAUUAUUUAUUGAUGAUAUUGAAAAAUUUAAAUAAAUAGUUGGUUUUGCUUUCAAAAUGAUAGAAAUGAAAAUGAAUAAAAAAUGCAGAUAUAUGAAUUCAUUUGAUCAUUAAAGUGAAUUGGCAUUUCGUAAUUUUAGUAUCAUUUUUGAUUAAAUAUAUCAUACAUUCUUGUAAGCUAAACAAAAUAAUAUGUAAGAUGCAAAAGAUUAAUCUAAUUAUGUUUUUUUUAUAUAAAUUGUGGAAAUUAUCAAUUCAUUUUUAGUAUGUGAUCAUAAUAUAUAAAAACAGGAAGUUGAUAUAUUUAAAAAUAUGGUUAGUUAAAAUAGAUGUGAAUAAUUUAUGAAUUUAAUUAAACCAUAUCUUAAAUUAAUUUAAAGUAAGUAGAUUCUAGAACUAUUUGAUUUUGAAUAUAAUGAAAAAAGUAAUUUAGCUAUUGCUCAUUUAUAAUUUCGUUUGAAUUAAGUGUUAUUUAAUUCUCUUGCAGGAAUUAUGAGACAUAAUGAUUUAAAAAUAGAACCUUAAAUGAUUUUAUACUUAAUCUAUUCCUAAUAUGAAAUGUGGAAUAAUUUAGAAUAAUAACCUCAAAAUCCAAUAACCCCUUUAUUAGAAUUUCUAAUAGAUAUUUCUAAAUUAAAUUCUUAAUAUUUAUAAUGUAUAUCCCACUUCUUUUUCAAAAUUAAAUUACGAGAUGAAAAUACACUUGUUAUUGAAAACCUUAUAUAGUUUUUAAAGUAAUAUGAAUUUAAAAAUUAAGAUUUAGUAGUAAAUAUGCUUAUUUCAAUCUGCAAGAAUUUACCAUCAUAUUAUGAUAUGGUUAAUUUAUAUCCUGUAUUAAUAUAAUAUAUAGAAAUGUACUUAAACAAAGUAGAUUUAGAAUAGCUGUUUGACUUUAUAUUUUCAGGGGAAAUAAUUAAGAAAUUAAAUGAAUAAAACUAUGGAGCUACUAUGAGCGAUAUUUUAAGCUUAUUGUCAAUUCAUAGUAUGUUUUAAGAUAAAGUAUUUGAUAAAAUGAUAAAUGGAGAAUAUUUAACAAAUUCUUUUGCUACAUUAUAAUAUGAAACAACUAAAGAAUAAAGUAUUAAAUUAUCUAAUAUUUUGUAUUUAUUGAAUGCUAAAAGCAAUAAGAUAAAAGUAUUUAUUCUUAAAAUAAUUAGAAUCCAAUUUAUAGCAAUAAAUAGAAAUUAUUUUAAUUGAUACAAAAACUUAUUAAUGGUGAUGAGUUUUCAAAUUAAUUAUGUAAUACAGUUUACAAACUUGUGUUUUGGAAUUUUGAUAGUUAUCAUUUACUUUAUACAGAAAAUAGCAGUAAUGUUUCUUCAGUUAUGGGAAGAAGUGAAUUUGCUGAAAUAAUUUAAAAAACAUAGAAGUUGUAUUUAGAAAAUUAACAACCUAUUUAACAUAUAACAAAUUUAGAAUCUUUAGAACUCUUCUUUAUGAUGUUAGUUAAAAAUAAAUCUCAAAAUUACAUAUAUGAAAUUUUGAAAAUAUUUGAAUCAAUUUUAGAUAAUUAAAAUUUGGCAACUUUGCUAGAUUCAAAUAUAAUAUAAAGUUUAUGUUUAUUGUUGGAAAAUUCUGAUAAAAAAAUAGAAUAGCAAACUUAUAAAAUAAUUAGAACAAUAAUUUAAUAUGAUUUAAGUAAAUCAAACAAAUUGAAGAUAAUUGAUAUUUUAAAGAGGCAUGAUGAUGCAUCUCAUAUAUUAAUAGAUUAUUUAAAAGAUUUGUUUUAGAAUCCUGUAAUAAAGAAUGAUCAUGUAAUCUUUUUAAAAAACUUUGACUUUUUAGUAAAAAAUUUUGAAGAGUUAGUUGGUUUUAAUGAGGAAAUAGAUAUUUUAUUAUUUUAAAUAAUUAAUUUGAUGGCAUCUAAAAAUUCACCAGAAAUACGAUCAGUAUUAAAGUAGUUGAAUUUAUUUGAAUUUAGAGAUAAUUUGGCAUUACAAAUAAUUAAAUAUAAAAUGGAACCAUAAUAAUUGAUGGAUAUUUUAUCAGGAAUACCAUUUGCUUAAUUAUGUAAUAGUAGAAAUUUUAAAGAAUCACAUUGCAUGGCUUAUUUAUUGUAAAGAUUGAUUUAACAUAAAGAUCAUUUUGGUUUACCUCUUUUGAUUAUAAAGAUUUUAAAAUAUGAUAUAUCAUCAAUAGAAGAUAAUAGAAAGUAUGUAAGUAAGCUAUUGUAAAAUGAUUAAUUGAUAAGUUUUUUUUAUCCAUAGAUGUUAAGAAAAUCAAGCAAAAGUUUAAAAUGUUUUGAUUAAGAAGAUUAAAAAAAUUAAAGAUCAAAUUCACCAGAAACAGAGGCAGCAUUUUCAUAGAAUAUGACUGUAGAUUAAUUUUUAACUUUGUUUUUUAGUGAUAAAUUGUAAGAUGAAAGAUAAUAAAUAAAAUUAACAUUAGAAAGAGCUUUAAUUCCAGUAGAAAGUGAAUAUAAGAGAUAAAUUAUGAAAUAUAAUAUGAAGAAACAAAAUCGACUUGCAAAAUUAUCAGAAUAAGAGCAAUUUGAGAAUUAAAGAGUAAGAUUAAAUGAAAAUAAUUUAGAUUUAAACUUCAAAUAAUGAUUGGGAAUUUAAGAUAUAAUCUCGUUUGAAAAAGAGUAAUGAUAGAUCUAAAUUGAGAAAUCAAAAGUAAUAAGAAUAAUUUGAAUAAUCAUUAGCAGAUGGAGAGAACUAAUGGUUUAAAUUGUGCUUAGGAUAAUGA